AUGUCGAAUUCUACAACCCAAGAUAAGGCGACCGCCUCUGAACAACCUCAGCAACAACCGAAGCCCCAGGUGCUGGAAGAGGAUGAUGAGUUCGAAGAUUUCCCUGUUGAAGAUUGGAGCCAGGAAGAAGCCGAACAAUCCACCGCCAACGAAGGCAAUGAGCACCUCUGGGAAGAAAGCUGGGAUGACGACGAUGCCGCUGAGGACUUCUCCAAGCAGCUGAAGGAGGAACUCAAGAAGGUCGAAGCCGCCGCCUAA